CUUGUUCCCUGUACACAACACAGAGACAGAGAAGGGUGGAGAUGGCCGAAUCGACACGUCUCUCUGGCGACGCGGUGGGCGAACCCGAAACACAGCGAUGGCCGGCGUGGUUCGCCGUGGAUCUCAGGACGGCGAGGGUUCUCAGGUACCACCGCGACGAGGUGGUCCUGAGCUCGCGCCCGGCGAGGGUGCAUCUCGUCGACGAUCGGGGGUACACGGCAGACGUACGUACUGGGGGAGGGAUCGUGCUGGUCCCUGGUGCUACGAUCGUGUUCCCCUGCCACGUUGCGUAUAUCGAGGGGGAGGCCCCGGACGGGGGUGGUGCCUCGGGAGCCGGCGAGGGAGGAAAUGCGGCCGGUGGGGGAUUAAAUUCGGGAGACACUUGUGAGCUCGCUCCGAAUUCCCCUCGUCUCCCACCUCUUCUCCCUCACACCCCAUCUACUCCUUCGCUCACAGACGCCCGCGGCGGAGAUGGUGGAGAUCGACGAGGAGAAGAUGCAGAGGUUCGCAGGCAGGGACGCGCGCCUGCGAGCCCGUCUGAGGGAGAUUGGAUCGUGGUACACAAGCAAGCGAGAGAGAUCGCUCUUCGGACGCGGCGGGCACAAGCAUCCGCUGCAGGUUCUGCUGUGGGCGAUGGAUCAGGCGGAUUCGCCGGUGAGAUCCGUGGCGAGGAAGUGGGUGGCCUUCACCUCCAUCGAGACCGCGGAUCUUGCCCCGGCCAUGAGGGAAUCGGCGCUCAGAUUCCCGCGAGGGGGUCCUGGCCCUCCCUGCUCCAGGGUCGGCAUGGCUCCGAUCAUGAUCUACGAGGACCCGGUGGAACAGCCACCACAGGAGGAGGUGAGGAUGCCGCGUCGCUCCGCUCGAUUCGCUCCGGCUCCUCCAACUCCGACGCCUCGCUGGAAUCGAUGCCUGAGCUCUUCACUAGCCAGCAACCGCUUCUGGAGGCUGGCUAGUGAAGAUUCAGGCAAUGAUUCUGAUGAGGAUGUCGCCACUUCAGGAAAACCCCACAAGUGAGAUGAUGGAGGCAGGAGUGAAACAAGUCGGUGAGGUGGCUGGAGAAGUGUUUAAAGCAGCACAUGGAUGGCGUCUGGAGACUAGGAGAAUUCUUGGGUGACCAGAUUCGAACUCUUCGGGAUCACUCUCUGGUGCUGCAAGAAAAGAUGGGCGCUUCAACAAGCUGCAUCAACUUACCUUCUGUUUCAUCCUGCUCUUCGGCCUUUUGUUUCUCGGGGCAGAAAUAAAUGUAUGAUGAUGGAUACCUGUUAGAGGGGGCUGUCUAUGUUGCCUCUUUGAACUACUUUCUAUUUCUAAAACUUCAUUUUAAGCCGGGUGCUGGGACCUGUUUAUGCCCAGGCCUUAGAUCUCUUGUGAGGUGCUGCUUUGGGGGCCAAAUGGGGGGGGGAGGGAUGGCUUUCCCCCUCCCUCAAUAGUCUGACGCUCGUAGAGAUUUGCUAUCGUAGCUUUCUAUUCUUUUACUUUCCUUGUAAGACAUGGUGAUUUCACUUAAUGGAAAUCGGAGAGAGAGCUCUCUUUUAUCAAAAAAUAAAGAGACAGAGAAUU